UUAUAUUUUUAAAAUAAAUAUCUUACACGGGUUAAAAUGUAGUGUCCAAACUCUUGAGUCUUGAGAAGGGUAACCGCCGCGAGGCUAUUCCUUCUUGCCACACCCCAUCGCCGACGUUUCCAAGGUAAUAAUCUCAGAAAGGGCGAGGCUGGAAAACCCUAGCCCGUUUACAAUGGAGUCGUCAUUUGAUGUCGGCGGAAGCAGUCUGUCUCUUGCCCUCUUCUCCGGCGUUUCCAAUUCCAAAGAGCUACUGGAAUCUAUGCAAGCUGGAACAUUAGAGCCAGAAGUAGCACUACUAAAUGCGUCACUUAUUCCAGACAUUUUCCCCCUUUUAGCAGCUGCACAUAAAGCGCUUCUGGCUAAAUCACGGGACUCUCUUACCACACGAACUCUGCAUUCUGAACUUGUUUAUAACUACUCUGGAUCCAAACAUAUAUCAGAAUCCUUGAGAAGAUGUGGCAUCUCAGACAACUCAACUUACAUCCUUGCAGCUCGUUUUGGUGCUUCAACUGAUGAGGUUGCAGCCAUAGAGAAACUGAUCAAAGGUACAAAGAUUGACCUGAAGGAAUUAGAGCAAAGGGCAAACCAAGCUCAGAUUCAAAAGCAUUUCAAGAUAUCAAAGGUGGAGCUGGAGAUAUCGUCGUUGAGAGAUGCAAUCACCUGCAGAAUCGCUGCUCGAGAUGCAUUGUGAUUUUUUAGCGUGACAUGAUAUGAAUCCUAUGUAUUAUGCUUUACCACUUUGUGUUCUCUUUUGACUCUAUUUUCGUUGAUAGAAUAGGUUCUUGAAAUUCAGCCGUACUCCGGAAGUGCUCCGUAGUUUCAAAAUACAAAAAUUACUACUCAUCAAAACAUAACUACAUAUUUGAUCGUCGUACAACUUUUAUAUCUAAAUAAGUUGCAAAUUAUCACAAAUAAUAUAUGAAUAAUGCUCUUUUUUUGGCUAAUACUGAUUAAUUUG